CGGCAUCAUUACAACCUCCAGAAGUUUCCCCGUGUUCCAGAUGCAGCAUACCGAGCUGUUGAGGGCGCAAUUAUCCAGCUAGUGAAAGGUGCGGGGGCGUACCUUCGAGAACGAUCAACGGGGAUGUCUGGGACCCCGCCAGACCCAUCCGCCAUCAUACCCUUUCGUCGCGACAGAGAUUUCGUCCAACGAGGGCAGACUCUCGACUACAUCCGUCAAGCACUCGCGCUCCCGGGCUCACGCGUUGCGCUUGUCGGCUUGGGAGGUGUUGGCAAGUCGCAGAUUGCUAUCCAAUACGCAUACCAAGUUCGAGAUCAAUCAGCCAACGCCUGGGUCUUCUGGGUCCACGCAAGCAAUGUCGCGCGUUACGAGCAAAGCUUCCGAGAGAUCGCCCAAUAUCUCAAAAUUCCCGAGUGGAGCGAUCCUCGGAGCAAUAUUUUCGAGCUUGUGUGCAGCUGGCUACGCGAAGAGAAGCGAGAAUGGACAUUAAUUCUCGAUAAUUUGGAUGCCGCUGACUUUCUGUUCGAUCGCCAACAGAAUCGAGUGGACGGCAUAGGACGUGCCCGCUCCUUGCCGCUCAUCGAUUAUCUUCCGAAUUGCGAAAACGGUUCGAUACUGAUCACGACACGAAGUAAAAAUGCGGCUCGGCAGCUUGUUGAAUCGUACGCUAUCAUCAUGGUCGAUCCCAUGGACAAGGCAGAGGCGUUGGCUCUUGUUAAAAACAAGUUGGGGUCCGAAACAGACAGCGAUACUGCCACGCGGCUUGUCGUCGCGCUAGAAUAUAUGCCGUUGGCCAUCGUACAGGCGACUGCUUACAUUGCGCACAGAGCGCCGCGCUGCUCAGUGGGACAGUACUUGGAGAUGUUUGAGAAAAGUGAUCGAAAGAGAGUCACUUUGCUGGACUACGAAGGCGGCCAGCUUCGUCGAGAUCGCGACGCCAAGAACUCGAUUAUCAUCACGUGGCACAUAUCUUUCAAUUAUAUUCGGCAAACCAGGCCAUCGUCAGCAGACCUGCUAGCACUCAUGAGCUACUUCGAUCGGCAAGGCAUACCUGAAUAUCUACUUCGAAUGCGUGGGGUUGAUUAUCAUGCUGAGUUGACUGGAAGCGAUGGCAAUUCGAGCGUUCUCGAGGAUGACAAUGACGGCGACUGGGAUUCGGGUGACUCCGCAUCCAGUGAUGAAGACACAUUCGAGGAUGACCUUAUUUUGUUAAGAAACUUUUCGUUCGUUUCCGUUACGGGGAAUAGUGACGUCUUCGAGAUGCACCGGCUGGUACAAAUAGCGACGCAAAAGUGGCUUGCAAAUGACGGUCAGGAAGAAAGGUGGAAGCAUCAGUUUAUCAGCAAUCUUUCCACCCAUCUGCCUGAUGGACAAUACGAAAAUUGGGCAACAUGGAAAACAUUACUGCCGCAUGCGAGAGCGGCUUCGAGGCACAAAUUGAAGGAUGACGCAGCAUUGCUAGAUUGGGCAUCGAUUCUCUACUUGACCGCCUGGUUUUAUGAGAGAAUAGGUAGCGGGCAUGAGGCGGAGGAACUAUCCAUUCUUGCCAUGAAAGUCAGGACAAGACUUCUUGGAAGAGAGCACCAGGAUUCUUUGAACAGCAUUACCAUGGCAGGGUUGGCUUACAAACUUAAAGGUCGAUGGGAGGAAGCGGAGAAGCUGUUUGUGGAAGUGAUGGAGACGAGCAAGCAGAAACUGGGAGCGGACCAUCCAGACACGCUGACCAGCAUGGCCAACCUGGCGUCAACGUACAGGAAUCAAGGUCGGUGGGAGGAAGCGGAGAAGCUGGAGGUGGAAGUGAUGGAGACGAGCAAGCAGAAACUGGGAGCGGAUCAUCCAGACACGCUGACCAGCAUGGGCAACCUGGCGUCGACGUUUUGGAAUCAAGGUCGGUGGGAGGAAGCGGAGAAGCUGGAGGUGGAAGUGAUGGAGACUCGCAAGCAGAAACUGGGAGCGGAUCAUCCAGACACGCUGAUCAGCAUGGGCAACCUGGCGUCGACGUACAGGAAUCAAGGUCGGUGGGAGGAAGCGGAGAAGCUGGAGGUGGAAGUGAUGGAGACUCGCAAGCAGAAGCUGGGAGCGGAUCAUCCAGACACGCUGACCAGUAUGGCCAACCUGGCGUCGACGUUUUGGAAUCAAGGUCGGUGGGAGGAAGCGGAGAAGCUGUUUGUGGAAGUGAUGGAGACUCGCAAGCAGAAACUGGGAGCGGAUCAUCCAGACACGCUGACCAGCAUGGCCAACCUGGCGUCGACGUACAGGAAUCAAGGUCGGUGGGAGGAAGCGGAGAAGCUGUUUGUGGAAGUGAUGGAGACGAGCAAGCAGAAACUGGGAGCGGAUCAUCCAGACACGCUGACCAGCAUGGCCAACCUGGCGUCGACGUACUCAGAUCAAGGUCGGUGGGAGGAAGCAGAGAAGCUGUUUGUGGAAGUGAUGGAGACGAGCAAGCAGAAACUGGGAGCGGAUCAUCCAGGCACGCUGACCAGCAUAGCCAACCUGGCGUCGACGUACAGGAAUCAAGGUCGGUGGGAGGAAGCGGAGAAGCUGUUUGUGGAAGUGAUGGAGACGCGCAAGCAGAAACUGGGAGCGGAUCAUCCUUCCACGCUGAGCAGCAUAGCCAACCUGGCGUCAACGUACAGGAAUCAAGGUCGGUGGGAGGAAGCGGAGAAGCUGGAGGUGGAAGUGAUGGAGACUCGCAAACAGAAACUGAGAGCGGAUCAUCCUUCCACGCUGACCAGCAUGGCCAACCUGGCGUCGACGUACAUGAAUCAAGGUCGGUGGGAGGAAGCGGAGAAGCUGGAGGUGGAAGUGAUGGAGACGAGCAAGCAGAAACUGGGAGCGGAUCAUCCAGACACGCUGACCAGCAUGGGCAACCUGGCGUCGACGUACUCAGAUCAAGGUCGGUGGGAAGAAGCAGAGAAGCUGUUUGUGGAAGUGAUGGAGACGAGCAAGCAGAAACAAGGAGCGGAUCAUCCAGGCAUGCUGACCAGCAUGGGCAACCUGGCGUCAACGUACAGGAAUCAAGGUCGGUGGGAGGAAGCGGAGAAGCUGUUUGUGGAAGUGAUGGAGACGAGCAAGCAGAAACUGGGAGCAGAUCAUCCUUCCACGCUGACCAGCAUAGCCAACCUGGCGUCGACGUACAGGAAUCAAGGUCGGUGGGAGGAAGCGGAGAAGCUGGAGGUGGAAGUGAUGGAGACUCGCAAGCAGAAACUGGGAGCGGAUCAUCCAGACACGCUGACCAGCAUGGGCAACCUGGCGUCGACGUUUUGGAAUCAAGGUCGGUGGGAGGAAGCGGAGAAGCUGUUUGUGGAAGUGAUGGAGACGAGCAAGCAGAAACUGGGAGCGGAUCAUCCAGACACGCUGACCAGCAUGGGCAACCUGGCGUCGACGUUUUGGAAUCAAGGUCGGUGGGAGGAAGCGGAGAAGCUGGAGGUGGAAGUGAUGGAGACUCGCAAGCAGAAACUGGGAGCGGAUCAUCCAGACACGCUGACCAGCAUGGGCAACCUGGCGUCGACGUACAGGAAUCAAGGUCGGUGGGAGGAAGCGGAGAAGCUGUUUGUGGAAGUGAUGGAGACGAGCAAGCAGAAACUGGGAGCGGAUCAUCCUUCCACGCUGACCAGCAUGGGCAACCUGGCGUCGACGCACUCAGAUCAAGGUCGGUGGGAGGAAGCGGAGAAGCUGUUUGUGGAAGUGAUGGAGACGAGCAAGCAGAAACUGGGAGCGGAUCAUCCUUCCACGCUGACCAGCAUGGGCAACCUGGCGUCGACGCACUCAGAUCAAGGUCGGUGGGAAGAAGCGGAGAAGCUGUUUGUGGAAGUGGUGGAGACGAGCAAGCAGAAACUGGGAGCGGAUCAUCCAGGCACGCUGACCAGCAUGGGCAACCUGGCGUCGACGUACAGGAAUCAAGGUCGGUGGGAGGAAGCGGAGAAGCUGGAGGUGGAAGUGAUGGAGACUCGCAAGCAGAAACUGGGAGCGGAUCAUUCAGACACGCUGACCAGCAUGAACAAUCUUGCAUUCACAUGGCACCGCCAGGGUCGGAACGUCGAUGCUCAAAAUCUUAUGAAGGAUUGUGUGCAGCGCCGUCAACGCGUUCUAGGGCAGAAUCAUCCUCACUCCAUCUCAUCUGCUGAGGUUCUGGAUGAUUGGAUGUCAUCGCCAACACAUACUGAUAUGGGAAGGCGACGAGGUCUGCGUGAUAAGAUCGUAUCCUCUUCAAGGAAGAUGCUGUGGAUCGUGAACCGUAGAAAACUCAACUAGGUAUUCUUGGAAUUGCCUUACAUUUGUAUCAUGUAGUUAUAGCAAUGCAGCGUAGAGAGACGACGUAAAUGGCAAAGGAAUUUACCCUACAAUCGAACAACGCCUAUAUGCAUCCACAGCGACCUCGCUCACGGAAGACUAGCUGAUAUAGUGUUGA